GGAUCAAAGGGAGGACAGGUAAUGAUCAGCGACCCCUCUGAGCUGGAAUGGGCUAUCCAGACGCUGGUGAAGAAUUACGACAAGUACUCUGGUAAAGGCGGCUGCUGCUGCUGUUGCAAAAAGCAGCGUGGGAUCAGCAAGGGGGGCUUCCGGAAGAUGUUGAGCCACGAGCUGAACCACAUGUUGACGGACACCAAGAACAAGCAAGCGGCCAACAAACUGAUCUGUGACCUGGAUGAGAACCACGACGGGAUGAUCAGUUUUGACGAGUACUGGACCUUGAUCGGCGGCAUAGCCAGCCCAAUCUCGUGCCUGAUCCGACAGCAGGAAGAGAGUGUGAAGUUCACUAAGUAGAAAGCCAAUGGGAGCAAAGAUGUCGGUCGCCCUGCCUCCUGACCACUGCCAUAUUUACA